GAAAACGCUAAUUCAAACAUUUUAUGUUUAUGGCAACUGGUGAAUCUUUUCAUUCCCUUGCUUUUGCCUUUCGUAUUUCUCAAAGUUACAUUUCACGUAUUGUGAAGCUAGUUUUGAAAAGUUUAAGCAAUCGAUUAACACCUAUUUUAUUACCUACACCAACAAAAGAUGACAUGGUAGAAAUAUCAAAACAGUUUUGGAAAAAGUGGAAUUUUCCGAAUUGUGUGGGUGCCAUUGAUGGUAAGCAUAUUCGUAUAUUUUCACCAGAGAAAAGUGGAUCAUUAUAUUACAAUUACAAAGAUUUCUUCUCAAUCGUUUUGUUGGCAAUUGUUGAUGCGAACUGCAAGUUCAUUUUGGUUGACAUAGGAUCUUAUGGUAAAGAGAGCGAUAGUGGUAUAUUUAACAAAUCAAAAAUGUCAGAACAAAUGAAAAAUUGUGAAUAUUUUCCACCUAAUUGCAAAAUUCCAAAUUCAGAAAAAAUAUUGCCGUAUGUAUACAUCGGUGAUGAAGCAUUUCGUUUGGACCCACACAUGAUGCGACCAUACUCUAAAAUAGAGUCUAGAAAUGAUUGCGAAAAAAAAAUUUUCAAUUAUCGUUUGUCACGGGCAAGAAGAACGACUGAAAAUAGCUUUGGACUAUUAAGCCAGGUUUUUAGAGUGUUUUAUACACCGAUACCAAUAAAACCAGAAACCGUCGACCAUCUCAUAUUAUCUGCAUGCUGUCUUCAUAAUCUUUUACGUGACCAAUAUACUUUAGAGAAUACAUCAGAACAACACUAUUACAAUUUUGACCCAAAUGAUUAUCCUGCUAAUAAUAUGGUACAGCUUGAGCAUACGGGAGGAUAUGGAAAUUAUGAAGGCUUUUUAGUAAGAGAUGAAUUUAAACAAUUUUUCAACUCUCCGCAGGGUACAGUACCAUGGCAAAAUUAUCAUACAUUAAGAACCGAUACUUCGUAAAAUGUCAUAUAAUAUUUUUAAAUAUUUUGUAUUAUAAUAUUGAAGUACUGAUUACAUUAAUUUUCAUUUUUAUUUUUAACUUCACUAAUUGUUUGUUUAUAUAUCUCAAUAAUAUUAUAUGUACAGUUUAUAAUGUUUAUAAUGUAUAUAUGUUUAAUCUGAAAUGAGAAUA